CGGCAGAGUGAGUGCAUGGCUGACGGGGGCAGCCCUGUGGAGCUGAACAGCCUGGAGUACAGGCCGGUGAAGGUCAGGGGGCGCUUUGACCACUCCAAGGAGCUGUACAUGCUACCCCGGACCAUGGUGGACCCAGCCCGGGAGGCGCGGGAGGCCGGUCGGAUUGGCUCCUCGGCUGAGAGCGGUGCCUAUGUCAUCACCCCCUUCCACUGCCCUGACCUGGGAACUACCAUCCUGGUCAACAGAGGCUUCGUCCCCAGGAGGAAAGUGAACCCAGAAACCAGGCAGAAGGGCCAGAUAGAGGGAGAGGUGGAGCUGGUAGGCAUGGUGAGGCUGAGUGAGAAGAGGAAGCCCUUUGUCCCCGAGAAUAGUCCUCAGACGAAUCACUGGCAUUACCGGGACCUGGAAGCCAUGGCCAGGGUCACAGGCGCUGACCCCAUCUUCAUAGAUGCGGACUUCAAGAGCACUGUCCCUGGAGGACCCAUUGGGGGCCAGACGAGGGUCACACUGCGGAAUGAGCACCUACAGUACAUCAUCACCUGGUAUGGCCUGUGUGCAGCCACGGCAUACAUGUGGUUUAAGAAAUUUGGGCGUCGGAAGCCUCUGGUCCUGAGAUGACACCACUCCCACCCCCCAAAAUAGUGUGCAAUGCCAGGUGUUUGUGCCAGGCCCGGUGAUAUGAAUAAAGCUCCCCUCACACAAA